AUGUCUCUGUCGUUUUAUAUUAAAUCUAUUGAGAAAUAUGAGAACUAUAUGUCCAUCUCCCUAUCCCCAAUACUCAUGGACCUGACUGCCUUUCCCGUAGACACCAACUCCAGCACGGGCACCGUCAGCCACAGGCCAAGCCGCUUCAGUCGGCGGGAGGUGCCGCUCCGGAGCCGUCGCGAAGAGGACGGAGCAGCGCUGAAUGAGGAAGAGCAGGGCAGGGCCUUGCUCACGCCUCUCACCCUCCUCCCUCUGAGUCACCUGGCAGACAUGUACAGGUAA